GGCAGCCUGAAUUUCCCAGCUUUGGGGGGAAAUGUCCACACGUGGGCAAGCGUGGAUAUGGGAUUCAGUGAGACAAAUGGGGAGUUUUUUAAAGAAAAUCCUGGAGCCAUCGGAGCAGGAUGCAUUUGACCACUUGACAUGGAUGGAAAAACCUUUUAUCAACAUGGCAGGCCUGCACUCAGAGGACGUGCCGCCCUCGCCCAACGUGGGGCUGCCCGCAGCCCUGAUCCCCCGGCAGCCGCCCGGACCCGCCUACGUGACCCACACGGGGCCGCUGGUGCGGCUGCUGCUGCUGCAGGAGCGCCCGGGGAGGGCUCCGGCUGCGGCUCCAGCUCCGGCUCGGCCCGGCCCGGCUCCAGCUCCGGCUCGGCCCGGCCCGCAGCCCCGCUCGGAGCCCCGAGGCGCUGCGGAGCGCAGCCCCGUGCGGAGCGGCACCGCCGGCAUCCGGGAGCAUCCCACGGCUGUUCCCAGCGAGAAGAGCACCUUGGCACCACCGAGUGUUUGCCAUAGGGUUACUUUUGCAAGAAAACCUCCCUCGACUGUUCUGCCCCAGAGCAACCCGGCGUGUUCCAACCAGAGGGAGUGACCUGGCUGCGGCUGAAGCAAAGCAAAACAAAGGAAGAUGCUCCUGAGUGUUUUCCAGACUCCAUUAAACUUCCCCUGCGAGCAGCAUUUGACUCUUGGAGUCUUUUCCUAAAAGGCUGAUUGGAAUGAAAGCAGAAGGGAGUGGAAUGUGUCCUAUUCUCUGCUCUCAGGUCUGGAGCAAGCCACAACCUCUGCAUUUGAAAUGAAAUAUUUAACUUGUGGCGGUGAAAAAAUAUUGACCCGUUUUUUGCUGUCAGAAUAAAAUUUGCUUAAGGAAGCCGUUUGUACUGGAAAACUCUGCUGAAGUUAUAAACAACUUAUCUGAUAAUCAUGAGUAUUUUCUGCUGCAUCCAGUGUGUCAUUCCUGCUGUGCAGCUCCUGGGAUUUCGGCCGCUGUGGGACCGAUGCCACUUGGCUGCUGAGUGCUUUGGGAAAGGGUGUUUGGCUUCUGCAGGGAAAAAAUGUGAAGAAUGAGAAAAUGUGGCAAAAAAAAAAAAAAAAAAAAGGGAAACAUCGACUUUCUGGGGCUGGAUAAAUAAAUUUGUUCCCUGCCCUAGUUUGAGCCUGGUACCCCUUCCUAUGCCUGCAGCACAUCACAAGACCCGUGCUCAGGAGUGGCCCUGCCAACGUGCAGUGCUGGUCAUGAGCCACAGAACUGGGAACAAAUAAAUAAGUAAAUAAAUAAAUAAACA